AUGGCUAUUUGUUGUUUGUUUAUGUGGGCUCUCUCGCUUGUAAAUGCGGUGUUGAUCUACGUAUACGAAUGCAUUGAAGUUGUGAUCAACUACCUCUACAGCCCGCUGCCGCCGAAGCAACCUGGGAACAAGUUUGGGCACGUCGCUAUCAUCGGUGCUGGUCUUUCGGGCAUCUCGUCUGCAUCGCAGCUUAUUUCGCAAGGUUUCGAGGUUACAAUCUUUGAAGAGCAUGAUGAGACGGGUGGUAUCUGGGCGCGUGUGAAUGAGUCGAGUGGACUGCAGAUCAACUCAAUCAUGUACCGCUUCCACCCGCUGGUUUACUGGACGAAGUGGUACCCCCACCGCGACCAAAUCCUUUGGAACAUUCGCAGGAUUUGGCAAGUGUAUAGCUUGAAGCAGCGCACUCGGUUUGGCACGCCCGUCACAAAGGUGGAGCGUCACUCGUCCUCCACGAAACUUGAAGGCUCCAGCGGCCAGUCUAGGUGGGUGAUCAACGGAAACCAAUCAGAAGUAUUCGAUGCCGUUGUUGUCACGAUUGGUACUUGCGGCAAGCCCAAAUUUGUAAAGACUCCUGGCGAGAGUGACUUUGCAGGCAAGGUCCUCCACUCUAGCCAGCUCGACCAGGUGGAUUUCAAGGGAAAGAAGGUAAUUGUUAUUGGCGGCGGUGCCAGUGGUGUGGAAGCUGCCGAACUUGCUGCUAAGAAGGGAGCAAUCAAGCCCACGAUUCUCGCUCGCAGCGACAAGUGGUUGAUUCCUCGCAACAUAUUCGUCGAUUGCUUGUUGGCCAUGCAGCCCUUUGGCCGCGAAAUGCCGCUUUCGUUUAUUCCUGAAUGGUUUAUCCGCAAGUUCCACUACCGUGAGCUUGUGGACAAGAUGGCGCCCACAGAAGGCUUUUAUAUUGGCACUCCGAUCGUAAACAAUGAAAUGCUCCAGCUCGUGCGCUCUGGCCGUGCAGACUAUCAUCGUGGUGAUGUAAAGCGCAUUACCAAGGAUGGCGUCAUCUGGAACGCACGCAAGCGCGGUCAAAAGAAGGGCGCCAAGGGCGAGGAGAAGUUUAGCGAGGCAGACAUUAUUGUUCUUGCGACUGGCUUCCAGCGUCCCACAUUUGACUUUUUGCCAGAUGACUUGUUCCCUGAAGACUACACGCGUCCCAACAUGUAUCUCCAGGUCUUCCCUGUCACGGACUGGAGUGUUUUGUGCACCAAUUCGACGUUCCACAAUGCUGUGGGUACGGUUGGCCACGUUCACAUUGGCAUGUAUGCUCGCAUCCUUGCCCUCUUUUUGAACGAUCCAAAUUCGCGUCCGGCACCCAAGGAUAUGCGCCUUUGGGUCGAUCUUAUCCGACAUGUCAAGGAGAAUGCACCAGGUGGCGAGCUUGAAUUCUUUACCUACAUGGAACUUUGUCUCUGGUUUGCCCUUUUCCUUUGCAGCCGUCUCCGCCGCAUCCGCUACGUCGCUUUUAUUUUGUGCGGAUACGGUCGCUGGCUGGAGAACCCAAACUCUGGCAGCCCGCACUUCCAGCUCACCAUUACAACUGCACUCCAACACUUGCGCCAUGGCUUUACGCUUAAUGAGCGCUCGGGCCGUGCUAUUAAGAACUGA